CCCUGACACGAUGGCCUCAGACCUUCGUCAGGUUCAGGAAGUUACUGAAACUGAUGACCGUUAAAAUUCUAUAAUGGGUUUCUGCUUUUGACAAAAUUCAGUCAUUUACACUUUGAUUGUUGACAAUAUAAGUUUUAAAGCAUCUUAAAAUGAAAUCUCUCUUCAAAAGAAAUGUAUCAAGUUGGCUUCAUGUCAUCUCCAAAUCCGACCAGUCAUUGUUCAGUCAUUUUUAUCCCUCUUUCCUCAGACGAGCACUUUGUGGAUAAACAUCGAGUCCAGCUGAUUCAGAGAGUGAGCAACAUUAAAGGCAUUUUGGAUGAACUCCUCCAUGAAAAUGUCAUCCAUGAUGACAGUUAUGUUAAAAUCUGGGCUCUGCCCACCUCUCAGGACAUGAUGAGGGAGCUCUUUAGUGGGCCUUUGGCAUCCAGUGGAGGUCAGGGAAAAGAAAUCUUUUACAAAAUCCUGAAGAAGCACGAGUCAUAUCUAAUCAGUGACCUCAAGAAAAAGGAAGCACCAGUAGACACAGUGACGGCGGAGAAGGUGCUUGUUGAGACAUUGAAUGAUUUGAGUUCAGAGGAGCUCGAUGAAUUCAAGUUACUGACUGAAUUGGAGAAAGACUUCCCACCCAUCCUAAGGAGACAACUGAAAGUGGCGAACACACAUGACACAGUAGAGCUGUUGCUGGAGACGUUUAGUGACAAGUGUGUGGAGCUGGCCCAAACGGUUUUAAGAAAGAUGAACAGGACUGAUCUGGUGCAGAGAUUAUCAGACAGCAGUUCAGGAACCAAAGGAAAACACUCUGUGGAUGAACGCCUGCCUGCACUGAUCCACAAAGUGGCAACAAUGAGGGCUGUUAAAGAGCUGCUUUCAGAGACACUCAGGGAUUUGAGUGACGAGGAGUUCACGAAAUUCAAGUGGUUACUGCAGUUAACGUUCUUCCAGAGGAGCCUUGAAAUCAUCUCAUGGAAACAACUGCAGUGUAUUUGUGAGGCAGACCGACUGGUGGAUUUGAUAGUUAAGAUAUGUGGUCAGCAGUCUGUGGAGGUGACCAAAGACGUUUUCAUGGACAUGAAGAGGACUGAUCUGGUGCAGAGGCUGUCAGAGACCAGCUCAGGACUCCAAGCUGUGGGAUCAUCAGCUGAAGCAUUUGGUGUGAGUACCAUGGAGGAAGAGGAACACUGUGUGGAUGAACAGUGGCCUGCACUGAUCCAGAAGGUGGAAACGAUAGUGGCUGUUAUAGAGCUUCUUUUGGAAACACUGGCUGAUUUAAGUGACCUGGACUUCGAGGUGUUCAAGCAAGUCUUUCAGAAUCAAACUAAAGUCUCCAGAGACGUCUCAGACAUCCAAUGGGAGUUGCUGCUGAUGACAGACAGACAGGACACAGUGUUUUCAAUGGUGCAGAUCUACGGCCAACAACGGUCUGUGGAGGCGACAAAGGAGGUUUUAAAGGAGAUAAAGAGGACUGAUCUGCUGCAGAGGCUUUCAGACAGCAGCUCAGGAUUCAAAAAGAAACACUCUGUGGAUGAACACCUGCCUGUACUGAUCCAUAAAGUGGCAACAAUGAGGGCUUUUAAAGAGCUGCUUUUAGAAACAGUCGAGGAUUUAAGAUACGAGGAGCUAAACGAAUUCAAGUGGUUGCUGCAGUUCACCUUCUUCCAGAGGAGCCUUGAAGUCAUCUCGUGGACAAAACUGCUACGUAGUUUCGGGGCCAAUGAACUGGUGGAUGUGAUGGUGGAGAAAUGCGGUCAACAUUCUGUGGAGGUGACCAAGGAGAUUUUCACGGACGUGAAGAGGACUGAUCUGGUGAAGAGGCUGCCAGAGACCAGCUCAGGACACCAAGAGAAACACUGCGUGGAACAGUGGCCCGCACUGAUCCAGAAGGUGGAAACAAUGACGUCUCUUAUAGAGCUGCUUUUGGAAACACUGGCUGAUUUGAGCAACAAGGAGUUUAAGAAGUUCAAGACGGUCCUCCUGAGCGAAACUGACUUCGACACAGUCAGUGAAAUCAUCGUAUUUAAUCUGCCAGAGAUAGAAGACAGGCGGGUCAUGGUGUUUUUAAUGGUGCAGACCGAGGGCCAGCAGUCUGUGGAGACGACCAAGAAGGUUUUAAAGAGGAUAAGGAGGACUGAUCUGGUGUGGAGGUUGCUUGAGCCCAGCUCAAGAUACAAACAGAGACACUUGGAUGAACAACAAUCUGCACUGAUUCACAAAGUAGCAACAAUGACAGCUGUUAAACACCUGCUUUUGGAAACUUUUAAUGAUUUGAGUAACUGGGAGAUCGAUAUAUUCAAGGCGUUCCUGGAGUGGAUUAUCAACCAGAACAACUUCAAAGACAUGGGAUCACCUUUCAGAUUUACAGCACACAGAGCAGAAAUGGUGGAUCUGAUGAUGCAAACCUACGGCCAACAGUCUGUGCAGUUAACCAGGGAGGUUUUAAAGAAAAUGAACAGGACUGAUCUGAUGCAGAGGUUGUCAAAGCCCAGCUCAGGACUCAAAGAGGAACAUCAGUCUGAACUGAUCCACAAAGAAGAAACCAUGACAUCAACCAUGAAUCACCUUUUGAAAACCCUGGAAGAUUUAAGUCAAGAGGAGUUCAGCGAAUUCAAGUGUGUCCUACAGGACAACAUAUUGAAUAGAGGCCACUUCAUAAAAAUCUCAAGACAUAGAAUAGAGACUGCAAGCAGAAUUGGCAUGGUGGAGCUGAUGGUGGAGCUCUACGGCCGACUGUCUGUGGAGGUGACCAGAAGCAUUUUAAUGGAGAUGGGCUGGAUUGGUCGGGUAAAGAGCUUGACAGAGACCAGUUCAGGAUUCAAAGACAAACAUCCAUCAGAAGUGCUCCACAAAGAAACAACCAUGACAUCACUAAUGGAGAAGCUUUUGAAAACACUGCAUGAGUUAAGUCCCGGGGAGUUUGAGAAAUUCAAGCAUGUCCUGCAGUUCACUAAAAUGGAGACAGGCCUCUCAAAAAUCCCAGGACACCAAAUGGAGAUGGCAGACAGAGGUGAAAUAGUGAAGCUGAUCGUGAAGCUCUACCGCCAACAGUCUGUGGAGGUGACCAUCAAAGUUUUAAAGAAAAUAUACAGGGAAGAUCUGGUAGAGAUGUUGUCAAAAACCAGUGCAAGACUCAAAGAAAAACAGCAGUUGAAAUCACCCCAGAAAGAAGCGACCAGGACAUCACUAAUGGAGAAGCUUUUGGAAACACUGGAAGAGUUAAGUUUCGGGGAGCUCGAGAAAUUCAAGUGGUUCCUGCAGGACAUGAGUAUGGAGGAAGACCUCCCAAAAAUCUCCAGACAGACAAUGGAGACUGCAGGCAGACAUGAAAUAGUGAAGCUGAUAGUGGAGCGCUACGGCCAGCAGUGUGUGGUGAAGACCAGGGAGGUUUUCAUGAGGAUGAAGAGGACUGACCUGGUGGAGAUGUUGUCAGAAAUCAGCUCAGAAUCAGGGUAUCAAGGGUCUUCAGGACGCUCGGAGCUUGAGGGUUGUGUAAGCACGACGCAGGACCCCAGUGACUGGACUAAACUGGAACCUGAAGUGACCAGUACAGAUGAAGAUGAGGCUCCAACUUACAGCCUACAGUCUAAGACAGGAAACUUUGAAUGCAGUGUCUCUGGCUUGCGCUGGGUCUGUAAGGAAAAGGUCAGCUUUAAGUACCAGUUCUGCUCUUUGGAUGUGCCCAUGGAGAGGUUGGAAAUGAUGCAAUACAUGCCUGCAGGUCCUCUAAUGGACAUCACAGUCAUUGCUGGGAAGUUUGAUGAAGUGUACCUGCCACACUGGAUCUGCAUAGAUGACAACCCGACAAUAUUAGACAAGUUUGCAGUCUUACACAUAGAUGACAGUGGAGACGCUGUUGAAAAAGUGUCUGAGGUCACAUCGUCCCAUGUCAAGCUGUCUGAACCAGUUUUCUCUCUAAAAAUGGUUCUGGUGAAAUAUUUUGGCCUUUCAGUGGAAAUUUACUGUAAGGUCUUAAUAUAUUAUAAGAUGAUCAACGCAGCAUCAUCUCGAAUGUCCCUCACUCUCCACGUUUACCUGAUCCCACCUGAUCGUGGUCUUCAACAGCACUUGGACAAAAUGGAAAUAUCUCAUGGAUACAAAGAAAUUCGAAAGCCAAAACCAGAGAAGCCCUUGAAAAUGCAUAAUUGGUUCAAAUUAACAACAGAUCUGGAUGGUGCAGACAUUUAUCCUCAAGGCGAGGAACCCCAGACAAUAAUGCUCAGGUACGACAGCACAGACCCAAAUUUCUAUGAAGUGGUCAAAAAAAAUCCAAACAAAGACUUCAAGCUCACGCUCACACCAAAAAAUGGGCAUCAGCCUGUGUGGACCUGUGAAAUUCAAGAAGGUGAAUACCAAAACACUGGUCGAUCACAAGCUGCAGUAUCAACUGGACCAUGUGCUGGAGCUACAGCAAGAGAGACAGUUACACAAUCCUCCAAACCUGGUCCAAGUCAAAAGAAACGCUCUCUGGAUCAACAGCAGAAAGCAGCAAUCACAGCGGAUGGAGGGAAAGGGCUUCUUUUGAAAAUGCUGAAAGACUUGAAAACAGAAGAGUUCAAAGAGUUCAAGUGGCACCUCCCAUACAUUGCAGAGAGCCAGCUGGAGAACAGUGAUAGGAUAGACAUCGUCAAGCUGAUGCUGCAGACCUACACCCAAAACUCUGUGGAGGUGGCCAAAGAGAUUUUAGAGGAAAUCGGCAGGAAUGAUCUUGUGCAGAUGUUGUCAGACUACAGCGCGGGAUCAGAAGCUGCAGGAUCAUCGUCCUGAGCGUCUGAUGUGUUUACCACAGAGGGAGAGAAACUCUGGAUGAACAUCUGUCUGCACUGAUCCAGGAAGUGAGCAGAGACACAUCUGUCUGACUCUCAGCGCUGCGGCCGACUCAGCAUUACGCCACAUGAAUCUCAGCGGGACGUCUGGUGUGACAGCGGCAUCAACAUUAGAUGUCAACAAAAAGCGGAGACUGUAUCGUAUUAACUCGCUGUGAGCUGUAAAUUCAGCAUCUCUCUCUCUGUGCUGCUUCCUGCAUGUCUGCAGCUGCAGAGUAUUAGGAACGCGAAGCUCUCUCUCACUGCAGCAAAUUAUAGGUAUCAAAACAUCCCCAGAAGUAAACUUGACAGAAAAAUCUGACUGAUGAUCCGAGCCGCCGACUUUCAAAGUGCAGCCGUAGACUCGACGACUCUCUCUGUGCUGGCUGAAAAUCAUCUUCACCCUGAACUGAUAAAUUAUGACACAAACCAAAAUGUUGUUCAUAAACCCGUCACAGGUUCAUCUCUGCAGCCGCAGCGUUUUCAAUAAUGUAACGAACGAUGCAGUGAUCUCCACCAUCGAGGAACACGAGAGGAAAUACGAGUUUUCUAUUCAUGUCAGUCAAACUGAAGUUUACUAGUUUCUAAAACAAAGUGUAAAAUGAAAAUUUUUUUCAGGAUGAAGUCUGUGAUUUCCUCAUAGCAACAGAUCAGGUGGCUUAUUUCAGCUGAUUUUCUUUUCUAGCAGCACAGAGUGCAGAAAUACAUUUAUCAAACAGUUUACAGAAUUUAUCGGAACAACGGGGAUAAAAGGAAUCAUCUUUUUCUUCAGUGAUGUUUAAGAAAUGCAAAAUCGUAACAGUAUUUCAUAAAACAUGUGAAAAUGAAAAAAAAAUGUCUUUAAAAAACCAUACCACCAAAAAUCGUUUAAAUACUUAAUCAAAGAAGAAUGUAAACAUGAGUGAGAUCUGGAGGAGCUUAUUUAUAUUUUUAUUCAUAUGAUCACUCUCUUUUUUAUGUUUUAUCAUGAAAUCAUAUUAUAUGUAUUAUCAUAUUUCCU